CUGCACCAACACUCUCUUCCAAAACUGAUCAUGGCUGUGCAGACAUUUCCCAACGUGUGCGUGGUGUUUGUUUCUCUUGGACUGGUUUGCAGUGCGCAGCAGCGGAACGUGCCCCUGCUGCUACGAGGACUCAAUGAUAAGCCUCCAACAAUGUCUGAGCCGGGCCAAGUUAUGUUAGAAACUAACAAGCUGGAAGCCAACGGACCCGUUCAGAAUCUCUCUUUACUCUCACCUGAGCCGCAGCGGCUCAGGACAGAUAUGGUGCAAUCUGCCAAGCCUGCACAACUUCUACCCAGAGGAUACCAACCAGUUCUGUUCCAGCCUGAAACCAUGAGAAGAGCUCAAGGCUCUAACACUCUGGAACCAGAGAAGCCAGCUGUAGCACAAGGACCUUUAGCACCUUUAGGAACAUCUAAACCAGUUAAACAGAGGGAACAUUCUAGGCCUCAGAGACCAGUCAUAGAACCCUCACCAGAUUCUGUGAAAAGAGAGAUGGUUGGAACUAGCCGAGACCCUCAGUCGUUUGCUUUCAGGAACCCUUCGCAAGGCCCAGUUAAUGUGGUGUCUCAGAAGGCCCCAAGCUUUGAGAUUCGGGAGCCGGAACUUAUCCAGACAGUUGCAGUGGAAUGCAGAGAGUCAUCAGUUGAAGUUCAGGUGCACCGAGACCUUCUAUGGAAUGGUCAGCUAAUCGAGCCGACUGACCUCACGAUGGGAGGCUGCAACGCAGUGGGCUACGACGAACAAGCUCGUGUCCUCUUCUUUGAGUCGGCGCUCCAGAGAUGUGGUAGUAAAGUCACGAUAACUAAGGACAAACUCAUUUAUACCUUCACUCUGGUCUACAAUCCAAGUCCACUACCGGGCACUUCUAUUGUCAGAACCAAUGAGGCCGCAGUUGCUGUAGAGUGUAUCUAUCCCAGGAAACACAAUGUUAGCAGCAGUGCUUUGAAGCCCACAUGGAUGCCUUACGCUUCCACCAAAGAGAUCGAGGAGGUUUUGAUCUUCUCUCUGCAUCUAAUGACUGAUGAUUGGCAGUUUGAGAGGCCCUCCAGUAUCUACUUCCUGGGUGAUGUCAUGAAUGUGGAAGCAUCUGUUCUGCAGGCCCACCAUGAGCCUCUGCGGGUGUUUACGGACAGCUGUGUGGCCACCAUAGGCCCGGACAUAAAUGCUCUCCCAAGAUAUUCAUUUAUAGACAACCAUGGAUGCUUCACUGAUGCCUGGGGGACAGGAUCUAACUCUCAGUACAUGCAGCGAAUUCAGAACAACAAUCUGCGAUUUCAACUGGGAGCCUUUAGGUUCCAUCAACAGGAUACAAAUUCUAUCUACAUUACCUGUCAUCUCAAGGCCACCUUAGCCUCUACACCAACUGACUCUGCACACAAAGGCUGCUCCUUUUCAGCUGAGAGGAACAGCUGGCUGUCUGCUGAUGACAGGGAUGAGGUGUGCAGCUGCUGUGACUCGAGCUGCUCUGUGAGAAAAGCCAGAAGCUUCACGUCUGAUGGUUUAACGUUCCAAGGCAAAGCCGCCCUGGGUCCCAUCACUGUGCGAGACAGACCUGUUCAGGAGAGGCUGGAAGCAUCACCUGAAAUCCAGGAAUCAUCAAAGUUGUCCAUUGAGGAGAUGGUUUUUGGUGGGAUCGUUGCAGCAGUUGUGGUUGUGUCCCUAAUGGCGCUGGGACGACUCCUGUACAAAGGGCUUCACAAACCGACAGUCCAAUGUAACAGCUAAUAAAUAAAAACAAAAUUCAA